ACGGCGACGGCGGACGCGUCAUGGCGUCGGUGGCGGCGCGGCCCGCGGCCGUGUUCGGCUGCCGACCCGGCGUGUCCGGCGGCGUCUGCUUCCUGCAGGAGCGGCUGGUGCUGCACGCGGCGGGUGCGGCCCUCGCGCAGUUCCACACCGAGCAGAGAUGGCACAAGUUCAUCCCAGGCCGCGAGAAGAGCCGGGGCGUGCGGGCGCUGGCCGUCAGCCGCAGCCGGCGGUACCUGGCCGUUUCCGAGACGGCGGAGGAGGAGCCGGCCCUGACGGUGUACGAGCUGACGGAGGGGCCGCCACGGCUGCGGAGGACGCUGACUGCCGCCGAGCUGCCGGCGCGAGAGGCGCUGGCCUUGGCCUUCUCCCCCGACGGCCGGCAUCUGGCCGCGGCCACCGGCCCUCCCGAGCCGCGCCUCGUCCUGUGGCUGUGGGAGAAGCAGCGGCUGCUGGCCGCGGUGCGCCUCGAGGCCGCCGGAGGCGGUGUCUGCCAGGUGAGCUUUAGUCCUCAAGACAAUGCACAGAUUUGUGUUACUGGAAAUGGCUUUUUUAAACUCUUUAAAUACAGUGAAGGAGCUUUGAAGCAGACAAAUUUACAAAAGGGAGAGCCACAAAACUACCUGUGCCAUGCUUGGCUGUCUGAGGAGGAAAUUAUAUGUGGCACUGCCACAGGCAAACUUUUCCUCUUUGAAACUGGAGAGCUGCUCUGGCAGAGAGAUGUAGAAUACAGAAAACCACCCAAGGAACUGGAAGAAGGUGCACGAGCAAAACAUUAUGAGAGACUUUAUACAUUUCUUGCUUGCAGUUGUUCUGAUGUCGCUGGUGAACCAACCUCUGAAGACAGUGGUUCAUUACAGGAUUCUCUGCCUCAAAUAUCUGCAGUUGUAGCUUAUUCCAAAGGCUUUGCAUGUUCAUCUAGCCCAGGAGUGGUUCUUCUGUUUGAGAAGACCAACGAGAAGAAAGUCUACAAGGAGAGUCAAGAAAUCUGGCUUCCUCAGGACCUGUUCACCACUGUGCCAAAGCUGUUGGGCAGACAGGACAUUACAUGCAUAUGCUUCAGCCCCUCUGAGGAAGCCAUAGUUGUUAGCACAACUAAAAAUCAGCUUUACAUGUUUACUAUGCCCUCCACAGAUUAUUUGAAGGAAGAAUCAAGUCAUUUUGAAUAUCUACAUUUCCCAUUACAUUCUGCUUCAAUCACGGGUCUGGACGUCUGUAUUCGAAGACCCAUUGUUGCCACUUGUUCCCUGGACAAAUCUGUUCGUGUCUGGAAUUACAAGACAAACGCUUUGGAGCUGUACAAGGAGUUCUGGGAGGAGGCAUACACAGUAGCACUUCACCCCACUGGCCUUUUCUGUUUGGUUGGGUUUCCUGACAAACUACGAUUUAUAAGUGUGCUAUAUGAGGACAUGCAUGUUUUCAAGGAUUUUCCUGUGAGAGAGUGUAGAGAGUGCUCAUUCAGUAAUGGAGGCCAUCUUUUUGCUGCAGUUAAUGGAAAUGUGAUUCAAAUUUAUUCCUGUACCACCUUUGAGAAUACUAAUAAUUUAAAAGGACACAGCGGGAAGAUAUGUGCAGUUAAAUGGAGUGCAGAUGAUUCAAAAUGCUUCUCCUGUGACACACACGGUGCUGUGUAUGAGUGGAACUUAUCAACAGGUAAAAGGGAGAUGGAGUGCGUGCUCACAUCCUGCAUCUACAGCAGCAUUGCCCUGCAUUCUGAUUCCAAAGUCAUCUUUGCUGUUGGAUCAGACCAAACUCUCAAAGAAAUUUCCGAGUCUUCGGUCCAGCAUGAAGUGCCUGCCAUUGAUGCUGUUUACACUGCAGUAGCUGUUUCUCAUUCUGGUGACAUGGUAUUUGUCGGUACAUCUCUGGGGACAGUACGAGCUAUGAAGUACCCAUUACCUUUGUGCCAGGAUUUCAAUGAGUAUCAAGCCCACGCAGGUGCUGUUACAAAGAUGUCUGUAUCAAAUGAUGACCUCUUUUUGCUGACCGCCUCAGAGGAUGGCUCUGUAUUCUUCUGGAAAGUAUACAGUAAGAAGGGAAUGACACUGAAAAGGGAAAAGGAAUUUGAAUAUGCUGAGGAGGUGUUGAUCAUGAAAUCCGAUAUAGAGGAGAAGAAUCGGGCAAUGCUAGACCUGCAAAUUCGUGUGUCAGAGCUACAGACAGAAAACGAUUACAAGUUACGUCUCAAGGACAUGAGUUGUCGUGAAAAAAUAAAGGAAUUAGAAGAGACUUUCACUCAGGAGCUAGAAUCCCUUAAAAACAAACACCAGAUUUUACAGGCAGAGAAAGACGAUCAGGAAAUGCAACACCAGCUUCAAGUAUCUGAGCUGAUGAAUAAACAUGCCAAGGAGAUGCGAGACCUAGAAUCUGACAGUAACCAGAAACUGUUGAUGGAAAAUGAGAAAUACCAGGAGCUGCAAGUAAACUCCCAAAGGAUGCAAGAGGAAUAUGAGAAACAACUGCAUAAUUUGCAGGAAAGCAAAAACAGGGCUCUAGAAGAGCUAACAGAUUAUUAUGAGGAGAAACUUAAUGAGAAAUCUCUUCUGUUGGAGGAGGCAGAGGAGGAUAUGAGGCAGCAGCUUCAAGCACACGAAGAAAUUAAGAAACAGAUUGAAGAAGAUGAAGACCGAGAAAUCCAGGAUAUCAAAAUUAAAUACGAGAGAAGGCUUGUAGAAGAAAAGGAAUCAAAUCUGCAACUGAAAGGAGAAAUAGGAGUCAUGAAUAAAAGGUUGAACAGCCUACAGAAGGAGCUCAAAGAACGAAACAGUGACAUUGAGGACAUGAAACUGGAACAGCAAAAUCUGGAAGGUGUAAUUAAAUCGUUGGAGAAGGACAUCUCGAUGCUGAACACAAAUAUCGAAAAGAGAACUAACACUAUUCAGGAAAAGGAGAAGCAUAUAUAUGACCUAAAGAAGAAAAACCAGGAAUUGGAAAAGUUCAAGUUUGUACAGGAUCACAGAAUAGAGCAGUUUAGAAAGCAAAUAGAAUCACGUGAAAACGAUAUCAAAGUAAUGAAGGAGCAGAUCCACGAGAUGGAGAGGGAACUGGAACAACUCCACAGGGAGAACGCACAGUUGAAACUAAAUAUCACACAAUUGCAACAAAAAUUAAAAGCAACCAAUAAGGAGUUGCACAAAGAGAGGCAGAAGAAGCAAAAUAUGGAAGCUCUCAUCAAACGAUUUAAAAUGGAUCUUCAUAAUUGUGUGGGCUUCAUUCAGGAUUAUAAAAAACUGAAGGCUGGGAUCCGUGAGCUCUACACCAAGUAUGUGCAGCAAUUGGAAAUGGUAGAGAUGGAAGAGGUAGACACAGAUUUGCAGCAGGAGUACAUGAGACAAAGAGAAUAUCUUGAGAGGAAUUUAGCAGCUCUAAAAAAGAGAGUGGUGAAGGAUCAGAAAAUCCACCAAGCUGCUUACACGCACAUCAUGCAGGAAAAUGUGAGUCUGAUUAGGGAAAUUAAUGACUUGAGACAAGAACUGACAGUGGCUCAUACCCAGGUACAUGACCUCCAGUCAGCACUAAGAUUAACCAAGAAGAAACAAGCAAUUCAAGACACGGCUCCCUCCAGUGAAAUGUUGUCAAGCCCAGCUGUACUAAGGUUGAAUGCACAGAAGGAAAAUGAGAAAAUCAUAGAAAUGCAGCUGCUUGAAAUCCAGCACCUACGAGACCAAAUUCAAGAAAAGGGGCAAGGCCUUGAAACUCAGCCUCUGUUACAUAGAAUGUUUCCUAAGCUGAAUCUGGAAAGAAGCCACAAGGCACAUCAAUACUGACCUGGUUCAAGGACACCUUAUGUUGUUAUAUUCUCCUGGCAAGCUCAGAAAUCCAACAGCAUAGAUUAGACUUGCAUUAUCACUAGAAGUAUUCCUGUAGCACUCACUGCUCAGGACACAAGACACCAACCUUUCUUCCCUCCUUCUUUCCUGCCCUUUCCAUGAGUACUUACCUCUCAC